AUCAGCAAGUGCAGAAAGAGGGGACAGGCUCAGAGUCAUUUCAGGAGGCGGAGGACAGCGAGCGGAGUGAAGUUAUCCUGGUGCACACUUAAAGGAAACAAACCCGAUCUUUAAAAGAAGACAAUUUAGGGAAAGAGGAAGAAUCAAGAACAGGAUUUAUCCCGAUCAGAGGUUGUCUCAGGUUUUUCUCCCAGCAAGGAAAAAAUGAGUCUGAGCACCAGUGAGCUGGAGGACCUCUGGGAGUCGUUUGGGGACCUCAACUUUUCCUUAACAUUUAGCAACAUAUCCAGCGUGGAUGCGAUGGUGUGCGCUACGGCCUUCAACCGCAGCGCUCUCCUCUACUCCAUGUGCGUCCUCUACACGUUCAUCUUCAUCGUGGGCCUGGCUGCUAACGCGCUAGUCCUGUGGGUGAACAUCCGAGCGCAGAGGGACUCCACCCCUCGCCAUGAGACGCACAUGUACAUCGCCCACCUGGCGGUAGCGGACCUGUGUGUGUGUGCCACGCUGCCCGUGUGGGUGAGCUCGCUGGCCCAGCACGGACACUGGCCUUUUGGGGAGGUGGCCUGUAAACUCACACACCUGCUGUUCUCCGUCAACCUCUUCGGCAGCAUCUUCUUCCUGGCCUGCAUGAGCGUGGACCGCUACCUGAGCGUGGCAAAGCACGGGGACGGCGAGGGAGGAGCGCGCAGGAAGCUGAUCCGCCGCGGAGUGUGUGUGGGUGUGUGGCUCCUGGCUCUCGUCGCCUCCCUCCCGGACACUUACUUCCUGGGUACUGUGAAGUCCACCCACGGGGACACCAUGCUGUGCAGGCCUGUGUACCCGGAGGGAAACCCCAGGGAGUGGAUGGUGGGCGUGCAGCUGAGCUUCAUCCUGCUGGGCUUUGUCCUCCCCUUCCCCGUCAUUGCAGUUUUUUACGCCCUGCUAGCGAGCGCUUUCACCCGCUCUUCUUCUUCUUCCUCACCGUCGUCCACGGUGGAGCAGGAGCGCCGCGUGAGUCGCAGGGUGAUCCUGGCCUACAUCGUGGUGUUUCUAGGCUGCUGGGGGCCGUACCACGCCGUCCUCCUCGCUGAUUCUCUGUCUCAGCUGGGCCUGGUGCCUCUGACCUGCGGCCUGGAGAACGUGAUCUACGUGGCCUUGCACCUCACUCAGUGCCUGUCUUUGCUCCACUGCUGCUUCAACCCCAUCCUCUACAACUUCAUCAACAGGAACUACCGCUACGACCUCAUGAAGGCCUUCAUCUUCAAAUACUCAACGAGGACGGGCUUGGCUCGCCUCAUUGAGACGUCCAACAUGUCUGAGACUGAGUACACUGCUGUAGCUGUGGACAACCCACCGCUGAUCUGAAACUGACAAAUUAGCUUUUCAUGAACACUGAUUCUAAAUCUGAGUAUAAUGCAAUAUAAUCCUAUGUUAGAACUGAUUUGUUUUAUAUCAGACUCCGUCCACUUUGUGUAUCGUGUUUGACAUUAGAAGACAGUAAAAAGAAAGCAAAUCCUUUUCUGCUUGAAUCAUGUAGAGAAGCUUGAAGACAUGCAGGCUAAUAUCACCUUUGAUUGCCCGAUAUGAAAGCACUUAGAAGGCGGUUUUUCUUUUACCAGCUGUUACUGAAAUCACAUGAAUAUUGUCACUCAUUUGUAAAGCCAAAACAGUGAUUGUGAUUGUGUAAAAAUCAUUGCCUGUACUGUUUGUGUAUGGUUGUAUUAUGGGAUGUAUGUUGUGUGUUAGCGUGUGAUGUUUAUAAUCUAAUGGGCAUCACUUGUUGAUUGUAUAGUAAUAGUGUUAGUUCUUUUUUUGUGUAUCAAGUUGUAUUUAUAUAUUGAACAUUAUGCCUCCUUCAUGUUGUAAUUUAAAGUCUUCACACACUGAUGUCUGCUCAGCGUUCAGUCCUGCUGUCUCAAAGAAACCUUAUUUCAAAUCAGUUGAACCCCUCAGACAAAUAAUCUAAAAAUAUUUUAAAUGUCUGAAAGAGUUGGAUGAGAAGAUUGACAUCACUCUCGUGUCAUAGGCUACCGUAUCAAGCUAUAGCCUGCUAGCUCCGUGUUAGCUUAGUGACGAAAGCUAGCCUGACUUUGUCAAAAUCUGCCUACCAACAUCUCAGAUAAUUAAUAAUUCAUGUUAUAUUUUCUUUGUUUUAUCUGUAAACAACUAAAAUGACAAUUUAAAUGUAAUCGUGUGGUUGACUGUUUCUCUGACUGUUGUCCAUUGUUUUUGCUAGUAGCUUAGCCUGGUUUUGGCUAGCAUUUGGCUUGGGGACAAAAGGAAUGUAAAGGCCUAACUUUAAAGAAAAAGUGAAAAGCCAAUUAGUAAAUGAUUUACAUUUUCCAAGCAGCUUCUGUUUUCUUCAGCUCUACAUCUUGCUAAACAUUGUCCAGAAGCUUAAACUGGGACUACUGAGAAGCUUAAAGAGUACUUUGAGGUAGCUCUGUUAUCUUCUGAGUUUGUCCUUUAUUAUGCUACAUACUGUACAUAUAUACUUCUAUAGCGUGCAUCACUGCUAAUAGUGUGAAGUAUGCAUGUGUCCAGGUGGUGAUAGUCUUUCUGUUUCAGCACAUCGGCCUCUACGCGGCAGAAGGUUAAAAGUUUUUAUGACCAAAUAACAUGAAACAAUAGCUUUACUACUUCACUGUAGACAGCAGCUGUGAGGAGCAACAAUGGAGUGUUCAUUAAGGACCAAAAAACAUCACUGCUUUACUUAAAGGUGUGUGUGUGUGUGUGUGUGUGUGUGUGUGUGUGUGUGUGUGUGUGCUACAGCUUGACAAAAAAAAAGAUGACGUCUUGUCACAAACAUUGAGUUGUACUUCACUCUCCGUCUGUUACAGGAAACAUCCUUUUGAUAAACUGACAUUUUGUCAUGUGAUUGGUAACAUAUGUUUGCUUUUACACUGAAAAGAUGUCAUGUAGCGAUUAGAGCAGACUGGAGACAUGAGCAUGUGUCUACAUGAACAGAGGCAUUCCUUUGCUAUUGUAAUGUGUAACAUGUGAUUUUUAUGUAUAUAAAAAAACUGAAAAUGU